UCCGCAUGGAUCCGGCAGUCUUCGGUGGCGCACUCGCACUGCAACAACAACUUGGAAGCAAAAAUGAAUCUGGCUUUGGUAACCUUGACGCUGCUGCUGGCCAUGGCGAUGGUUGCAGGCUCGGACCAGGUCUACGGCACCGCUUCCAGGCUCAUGAGCAGCGACGUGAGAAGCGAUGUUAGUCUCGGACCUGCCGAUGUUCGGGAGAAGAGAGAAGCUGAACCAUCUCGUUAUGGAGGCGGGAGGUUCGGUGGCGGUGGCUUUGGUCGUGGUGGCUUCGGAGGCUUUGGCGGUGGUGGUUUCGGUGGCGGUGGAUUUGGUUAUGGCGGAUUUGGCGGCUUUGGUGGCGGUGGAUUUGGAGGAUUUGGAGGCGGUCGAGGAGGCUACGGCUACGGACGUUAAAAAUUGUUUACUUGCCCCAGGGGCGGAUUUUUUUCCAAUUUCAAGAUUCGUUGUUUUUGCAAUGUCCUCGCGAUCUCCACAUUUAUUUAGUAAGAAGAACAAUUCACUCAUAAAAAGUUCGAUCAAUAUUUCAAUCGAAGCAAAUUUCCUGGCCAAAGAAUGCAAACAAUCGCAAAUUGAAAAAGUUGUGAUGAUUAAGAGAAAUUAGACGCAUAUAUAACGAAAAAUUUUAAUACUCAAUAAACAAACUAUAUAUAUGAA